AUGUGCGGCUAUAUGCUUGACAAUAGCAGCAUUAACCGCAAUAUUAAAAGCUUCUUAUUAUCAUCAUCAUCAACCUCGUCGCCGCCACAAUCAAUAUCAUCAUCAUCUUGCAAUUGUUCAGCCAUAAAAUUUCCUCUUUAUCAGCGACAUUUUCUUACAAAACGAGGUGACAUAUUUCUGCAGCACCGCAAGAUCUGGGGCAAGUCUAUCAACAGCUGGCAAAUUGUCUUGUUAUCAAUAAUUAUUUUAUUACAAUGUUGUACAAGUCACGUGUUGGCAAUACGAAAGGGUCGUCUUAUGACUCCCAGCACAUUUACGGCUUUAAGCGGAGAUCUACAUGUACAGAUACAAUUCUCACCAGAAGAUAUAGAAAACGACAUUAUAAAAGCCACCACAGCAGCCACCACAACAACGACUGCCACACAACAUCAGGGAGUAACAGCAGCAGGAGUGGGAGCCUUCGAUGCAGCACAAACUUCAACAACAGCACGCACGCUAAACCAGACAUCAAGUGGAAAUGCUACACAACAGCAUGUCCUACAAGUGGAGAAUAUUAUAACAAGCACUUUGGUCAUUAGUAAAUACAUUGAUGAUACAGCAGCAGCACCAGCAGCUUCAGCAGAAGGCAGCUUCUUCAGCAAGCCUUUGGCUACAGCUAAUGAUUCCUUAGUUUUGCAACGACAACGUAAAGAAAUCAUAGAGAAUAUUUUACUUUAUCCCGAUCCACGGCACAAUGUCACCCAAGUGGCCGUGCCCUGCCAAACUUUUAUGCAGGGCGGUCUCUAUGAAAUGCAGGUGGUUACGAAUUUAAAAACCACCAACACAUUGCCUGCCAACAUUAGCUCCUCCUCCUCUAGCAGCAACAGCAGCAGUAAAAGAUUGAAGGAAGCCUCCGCCACCAUGACCACCACUACCACCACCCUAAUACCGGUAUACGAUGAACGUCUUAGACAAACUUUGGAUGUACGAUGGCCCAGUGCUGAAAUGAUUGUUAGUCCGGUACGUUUGCACACAUAUCCCGACCAUCCGGUGGAGGUUACUUUACGUUUUCCCGAGGUAAAUUGUGAUAAUGCCUGGAAACGUGAAGAUUUACCCGAAUUUUGGCUAGAACUUAUUUACUGUGGCAAAGAACGCUCCUGCUCCCAGGUGAGACCGGAAAAUGUUACCAAAUCCAGCAUCUUAUUUGCCGAACAAGUUAGGGGUUAUCCCAAACAGAAAUCCUUCAAGCUAUCCUGUGAUCUCUUCGGUUUGGCUGGCAACUAUGCGGUCCAGCUAAGACCCAUGAUUCCCUUGCCCAAUAUACCCAUAACCCGACGUUUUCUAUCCGUCGAUUGGAGCGAGAAAUAUGUGUUCAAUGUUUAUGCUCGCAGUAUAUUUCCCUGUGAUCCUCAUACCGGCAUUGGUGUUCUAUAUGAGUAUCCCACAUGCAUUUUAGAGCAGGGGGAUCGUGUUAGAGUUUAUGCCAAGCUAAGAGCAGAUGUGGCCUCUUUAAAGCCGCCCACUACUUUGCAUUAUGUUUCGGAGCAGCGUGUGGUGAAAAAUCAAUACUCUCUGUACUUUAAUUGUGAUUUGUUUACGGAGAAAUUUGUGGAGUAUUGUUUUGUGUAUGUGAGUCAGGCGAUAUCGGGAGCAGUGGCUGAUGUGAGAAUGGAUUGUGUGCCCACGUUGCCGGUGAGAGAAUCCGAUACGGGUGGCUGGGGUCCUUGGAGUGAAUGGACGCCCUGUUCAACAAAUUGUCUUGGUGGCACUCGUAAUCGUUAUCGUUUCUGUGAUUCACCGCCACCCCGUUAUGGCGCGAAAUUUUGUGAGGGCCGUUCAGUACAAACUGAAAAAUGCGGUAAAUCCAUUAGUGAUACCUGGGAUUGUAUUUACGAGACCAGCGGUUCUGUAUUCAAUAAACUUAAUCGUACCGAUGUUAGCCAGGAAAUUGGUCCUGGCUGUCGUUGCGGUUGCAUUGUGCACUUAGGUACUUCAAAGCCGAAACGUAUUAUAGCUGGAGCUACGCAAAGUUGUCCAGGCAGAUCAUUUUGGUUAAUACAGGUUGAUGGCGAGGAGACGAUAUCGUUGCAGUUGAACUUUCUGCGUCUACCCUGUGCUACGCAGUACAUAAAAAUACGUGAUGGUCCAUCGUUAUCCUCAACACUGCUCAUUGAAAUGCAGGGUGGCACCACUGGCAGCGGCGGAGGAGGAGGUGGUAAUGCGUAUAGUGGGAAUUUACCUGUUUCACUGGAGUCCAGUGGAGCACAAUUAUUAUUAGAGUUCUAUGCGGGGGAAGAGGCCAACAUAGCAAACAACACUGACAUUCAUACCGGCUUAAUAUGUACUGGAGGAUUUCUGGCAAAUGUUGAACAGAUUGUUAAAAAUUCCUCCGAAACAUCACAAACUUUAAUGGCAGCUACACGUUUAUUGGUGAAAGGUAGAAGUUUUCUACAGAAACCUAAAAUGAAAUCUAACUUCACGUUGGUGCAUUUAAGCGCGCUAAUAUUUGCCAGUAUUAUUAUACUGAUAAGUGCUUUAUUGGGUGUACAAUAUGUGGUACGCUAUCAUAAAUACCACUUGGCUGUGGCUCGACGUCGUGAUGAGGGCUCCCGCCUUCAUACUCCUCAUGCCAGUAUGAGUUCUUUGCAAAGUCCUCCUUCCAGGGCUGUGAGCACAACAACGCUUUUAUCGGAGGUUAUUUAUAUGGUAAAAAUGCGCCCUAAGCACCAGCUGAGACAUUCGAUUCUGAGAGAAAGCAUUGAUGCUGAGAAUUUGGCCCGAGAGACGGAAAUUAAUGAAUCAAAUGUUAAGGAGCCAAUGGUUAAGUGUGUUGAAGAAUUCGGCAGCAAUGGCUCCAUAGUCACUCUACGCAAUGAAAUCGUUUCGCCCACCACCGAAUCGCUAAGUCGUUCUCCAUCCACCGAAGAUGUAUUGUCCGGCACUGCCAAUGAAUCAAACUUAGACGAUAUAAAUCCCCGCAGCUGUGGCACUUUAACAAGGAAAGACAGUGGCAAAGAUACCGAAAGUAUUAUAUCGUCCGGUAUGUCCUCUAUCUGUAACAGUCCACCCAUGAACACCAAACGUUCGAGUAGAUACUCUGAACGUUAUGAUGCCUCAACGCUCAAAAUGACCAACUCCUAUUUGGAUGAGAAAACAGACUGUGAAUCGAUAAGAUCAAUAGCGCCUCGGAGGAAAUCUAGAUGUGCCAGUGUUAAUUUGACAAAUGGCUGCUAUUCACCGGCCGCUAGUAUAAUAAGCUCGGCCACAAUACGCAGCACAAAUCCCAAAGAAAGUAAAGAGAAACAAAAUCGCAGAAAGCUGUUGGCACGUCCAGGCUCUGAGUUUUCUUUGGGCAAUCAAGAAGAUUUUGAACUAGAUUAUUAUGAUUAUAAUGUGACCAAUGCAGGUUCGGUGCCCGGCUCCUAUUUGGGCAUGGACCCUGCGUAUUUGGUGUGGAUACCACCCUUCGAUGAUAUACCCGAUUCACCUGAACGAGAAGAUGAAGAUAAAACUCCCGAACCGGAUGAGACCCAGCCUUUGUAUGAGGAAAUCAAAAUGCCUAAAUAUGGUCACUAUUUGUCGCCUCACAGCAAUACCGAUUCCAGCAAUAACACCACCAAUACCAGUCCUACUUCUGAGGAAAUCUCACCACUCAGCAGUAACUUUCAGUCGAAAGCAACCACCCCUAGUGAGACAGAUUUGAAAAAUUGUCUCAUUCGUAAAGCCAUAUCGUCCAAUUCCAAUCAGUCGUCCAAACAGUCGACACCAUAUCUAACGCGUAAACAGCGCAAACAACAAAAACAACAAUCCAAAUCAACCUUAUCACUGGGUAAUCAAAACGAAAACAUACCUCUAAAUGACUUGAAUGUAACAAGAUCGGCUCGCAAUUUGUUGCAAACACAAGAGCAACGUGAGUCCUUUAGGGCAUCAGCUACCAUUUUAGAAACUGAUUCCAUGAAUGGUUCUUACAUAGAAAAGGAAACCUCUGUGGUUAAAUCACCAAGUGACUUGCAAAAUUAUUUAUCAAUCGAUGAUAUACAAUUUGCCGAUGAGAGCGAAAGUGAUCAUGAUGCUUCGUUGGCGGCCUUAAAGCCUGAAGAGCGUAGAAUGUCAGAGAAAGAAGUUUUAACGGAGGAGUGCAAACUGCUGAGAGAUAUGAAGAGAGUGAGUACGGUGGUGGCACAAAACAGAUCACAAACGGUGAAGAGAACGCAGGUGUAA